GGGGGCAGGAUAGGAUAGAGAGAGAGAGAGAGAGAGAGAGAGAGAGAGAGUAGAGAGGAGGCAAUUAGUAGGAGGCGCUGCAAAUGUGGUUGGUGCGGAGUGUCAAGAGAUUUGGAGCUGAGGAUGGACCACAUGUACACAGCAAGUAGCUGACGUGGCAACAGCCUGUCCCUGAAGCGGAUACAGGUCAUGACGUCGUGUUUCCACGCUCAUUUUUUUUCUGUUGAUGACCCUGUACAUGCUGUAAAAUGAUUCGAGAACCACCACGUUUCAUUUCGUAAUUUAAGCUCGAGAAGAACGCGAGAGAGAGAGAGAGAGAGAGAGAGAGAGAGAGAGAGAGAGAGAGAGAGAGAGAGAGAGUGGGAUAGUCAGAGGAAGUAGGAAGCGGACGGUAAAUACAUACAUUAGCGAAAGCGGCGGUGAUUGUUGCAGAAAGGAGAGGUAGAAUAGCAGACGGAUAAGAUGUUGCCACAUAGUCGAUCGGUGAAGAAGCCCCCAAAGCCAUCGCUAUCGGUGGGCGCGUCACCAGCAAGAGGUGCGCCGUUCGAAUCCCCAGACAUGUCAAUGGAGGGCCCAAGCAGCGGAGAGGUGCACACGUGGAACUCCCACGACCAUCCCGGUGGACAGUCCUCUGGGUCGGUGGGAAUGUCGUUUGACUCAGCGGCGGGCAGCGGCGGCCACAUGCGGACCCCGAGCAUGGAGAAUAUGAUAGUUCUUGGAAGUUACACCAAGAACACCCUUGAAGUUUCUGAGUCCUUUGGCGCUGAUGAGAAGCGAUAUGGCGGCGGGGGUGAUAAGGAUAUAAAGUGCCAGAUUUGUAGGGAGAAGGUGGGUAGGGACGAUAAAGGGGACCCGUUUGAGCCUUGUGAGUGUGCCUUUCCUGUUUGCAGGCCGUGCUACGAGUACAUACGAGAGAACGAAGGAGGUGCUUGUCCCCAGUGUCGUGAGCCCUACAAGCGUGUGAAGGGCAGCCCUCAAAUCCAAUCAGACCCGCUGGAGGGUGGCGAUGUCGGGAUUGAUGACGCGGCCUUUCAGCCUCUGGGGAUGGCUGACAAGCGAAACACGGUGCCGAAGUUGGACAACAGGCCGGCGGCGGGAUUGAGAGUGUCGCCGUCGAUGAAAACUUUGCUUGAGGCGCCAGAGCCCGAGGAACCUGCGGAUGCCAAGUCGCUUAUGGAUGAGGCAAGGUCGAUCAAUUUGUCGGUAGUGCCCAUUAUGCCGAAGAACGCGGAGGGACUCGAUCCCGUGACGGCUGCUCUCAUGUCCAUCCAGAUCCUCGACCCAACCAAGAACAUGGGUGAGUACGGUUAUGGGAGCAUCUCUUGGGUGGAGACCGAUGCCAAAGCUUCUGCUCAUGCAGCAGCAGGAGGAGGAGGAGGAGGAGGAGGAGGUGGAGGUGGUGGUGGACUGGAAAAGAGUGGCGGCACCAAGAACAUUGUUGUUGACGACACCCGUCGUCCUCUCGCCCGUGUUAUUCCCAUCCGCGGCAACUCUAUCAAUCCUUAUCGCUUUAUGAUCAUCGUUCGAUUCGCUGUGCUGUGUCUCUUUCUCAAGUGGCGUGUUCAGAACCCGAAUAACGGUGCGUUUGUCCUCUGGCUGCUUUCCGUCGUCUGCGAGGUCUGGUUUGGUGUGUCCUGGAUUCUCGAUCAGGCUCCCAAAUGGGCCCCUGUGACCAGAGAGACCUAUCUUGACCGUCUUAGCUUGCGAUUCGAGAGACCGGGGGAACCUAGCAAAUUGCUUCCUGUUGAUGUCUUCAUCACCACCGCAGACCCAGAAAAAGAACCCCCUCUUGUCACUGCCAAUGUCGUUUUGUCCGUCUUGUCCAUGGAUUAUCCUGUCGAUAAGAUUGCUUGCUAUCUCUCCGACGACGGCGCUGCUAUGCUGACUUUUGAGGCGUUGACCGAGACCGCCAGCUUUGCCCGUGCCUGGGUUCCCUUCUGCAAGAAGCACGAGAUUGAGCCCCGUGCUCCCGAAAUGUACUUCCAGCAGAAGGUGGAUUACACCAAGGGGAAGACGCAGAGCGAUUUCAUCAAGGAGAGAAGACACAUGAAGAGGGCGUACGAUGAGUUCAAGGUGCGCAUCAAUGCACUCGUCGCGAAGUCGAGGGACCCGCCAGAAGAUGGAUGGAAAAUGAAUGACAACUCGCCCUGGCCUGGGAAUGACCGGAAGGACCACGUCGGCAUGAUACAAGUCUUCCUUCAACCUGAUGGAGAUACCAAGGAUAUCAAUGGGGACCCUAUGCCGAGGCUGGUGUAUGUUUCUCGAGAGAAGAGAACCGGCGUGAACCACAACAAAAAGGCAGGUGCUAUGAAUGCUCUGAUGCGGUCGAGUGCGCUGAUCACAAAUGGGCCCUUCAUUCUCAAUCUCGAUUGCGAUCACUACGUCAACAAUGCGAAAGCCGUUCGAGAGGCGAUGUGUUUCCUGAUGGAUCCGAAGAAGGGAAGUCAGGUGUGCUAUGUCCAGUUCCCUCAGCGGUUCGACGGUGUUGAUAAGAACGACAGGUAUGCAAAUCACAACACGAUCUUUUUCGAUGUGAACAUGAAGGGCUUGGACGGUGUUCAGGGGCCAAUGUAUGUCGGUACGGGUUGUGUGUUUCGUCGCCAAGCGUUGUACGGAUUAUGUCCGCCCAUACCGAGCGGCAAGCUGGACUACAAGCCCCCGUCGCGUGGAUGCUGUGCUGCACUCUGCUGCUGUUGCGGCAGUCGGCGCAGUACCAAGGAUGCUCUGGAGCACAGACGGCUCCUCACCGCUGUUAUUCCUGGUCAGGUGGAUGAGGAGGAAAUGCAGUUGGUGCCGACUCAAUGGCAUACGAAGCGCUUUGGAAUGUGCCGCAACUUCGUUGCGACUGUCGGCGAUGCAGAGGGUAGCGUCCCUGAUGUUGGCGCGUACCAAGUUCUCAGCGAUGUGAUCUUGGUCAUUUCCUGCGGGUACGAGGAGAACACAGAGUGGGGAAAGACGGUCGGCUGGAUGUACGGGUCGGUCACAGAAGACAUUGUCACGGGACUGAUGAUGCAUGUGAAUGGCUGGCAUUCUGUCUACUGUAUGCCCAAGAGGCCUGCGUUCAAGGGAUCCGCCCCUAUCAAUCUAACAGAUCGUCUUGGACAGGUGCUUCGGUGGGCCACGGGUUCGGUAGAAAUCUUCUUCUCCAGACACAACCCUCUCUUCCACAAUUACUUCAAAAGCCUCAAGGUUAUGCAGAGACUGGCAUAUAUCAACACCGUCGUGUACCCGUUCACGUCCCUUGCGUUGCUGCUGUAUUGCUUCUUGCCGGCGUUCUGCCUCUUCACCAACCAGUUCAUCAUCAAUGAAAUCACAGAGAUUGCAGUUCUGUACUUCUUAUUGCUCUUCAUCUCCAUCUUCAUGGUUUCCAUCCUCGAAAUCCGGUGGAGCGGUGUCUCGCUCGAGGAAUGGUGGAGGAACGAGCAGUUCUGGGUCAUCGGAGGAACGAGCGCCCAUCUUGCCGCUGUGACGCAAGGUCUGCUUAAGGUGGUCUUCAGAGUGGAUAUCUCCUUCACCCUCACACAGAAGGGAAGCGAUGACGACGAUGACCCUUAUGCUGAGCUUUAUGCGUUCCGCUGGACGUGGCUUAUGGUUCCUCCAACCACCAUUAUGAUUGUUAAUAUUAUUGCAUGCUUUGCAGGAGUCUCGCGUGAAAUGUACAAGGGCCGAAGCGAGCAGAACUGGGGUCGGUUGGUCGGCAUGGUCUUCUUCUCUUUCUGGGUGCUCACUCAUUUGUACCCCUUCGCAAAGGGUUUGAUGGGAAAGACCAACAAGACGCCAACGAUCGUCAUCGUUUGGUCCAUCUUGUUGGCCAUUGUUCUGUCGCUGCUUUGGGUGCACGUCCUCUCCCCUCACUUCUAGUAGUCGACUACUUUUCUUCCUCUGUGUUCCCCUUCAGCUGUUUGUCAGAUUUGUUCCCUACGAGCCAGCCGCUCCAGCUCCAGUCGUGCCCUGCACUGGCCAGGGGAACCAUUGUGCUUCUCUCAUCUCCUUGUUUUGCUGGGAUUUGACUAAGUACUCGGCGGGGUGAGAGAAGACGAGUAGAAGAAGUGCAGAGGUAGUGUGCUGGGAAUUGUCAAUAAUUCACAGCGUGAUGUGCUGUGCCGCCCUGGUUUCAGGGUGCCAACGUUUGCCGGCGGUCUGCUCAACCAGUA